CUCCGAACGUAAUGAUGACAUCGCCACGACUGGCAUCUGUGCUGCUGCUUGUGCGGUGUGUGCAGUCGUCUGUGCGGGUGUACACGGAAGCGCUUGGGCUGCCGGCCGUGCAUGUGUCUGAGGACGUGGCAGAGGUGGACGUGGGAGGCUCCACAUCCCUCCUUCUGCAACGAGUCGAACAAGGUGCUGAGGCUCCGCUGAGCACGGGCUACUCUCCCUUCCUUAACUUCCAGGUGACGGACUUUGAUGAUGUGAUUGGAAAGUUAAUACAACAAGGCGCUCAUAUGGACGGGGCCAUCAAGUUUCCGCCCACUGGACGGAUUGCUGCAUUCAAGACGCCGGACGGCCAUAUGAUUGGUGUUCAAGAGCAACCAGAUCAGGCGUAGCACUUGACAACUGUUGUUACCUGAAUGCACACCACAGCCAAAGCAAGUCACUUGCACGUGGGGUGCCAAGAACCACACGCGUUACAACAAUGUUGGGGUAUGCCGUAGCUGAUUGCUCUCUUGCUCGCAGUGCGAGUGCAUCACUGCAAGGUCCCCACUCCCCCCCCCCCGUCAUCGCCACCAUCACGUAUCCAGCGCUCUUCGCUCACCUUGCACAGCUGUUCACAACAGUGCCUCCAUCUCAAGCCUUUUGUUGUCUAUUGUGAUGAGGUCUCGGAGACAGCCAUAUCACCAGCAAUACACCAAACAAACAAAC